UAUCGUACAUCUGUGUCGUGUGUCCCAGCUGGUCACGGCCACAACACAGCAAGUCAAGCCCCGCCAGCCCUGCAACACGCACACUCGCUCCCUCCUUUUUGACCUGACCUGACCCGCGGCGGCAUGGGGGACCAGAUAAACCAGGAUGAGAUACGCAAGAAGCGGCUGGCACGGCUCGGGGCGACACCCACGGCCAGCACCAACAACAGCUGCGAGGAAGGCAGCCCACAGGUGACCCCCACACCCCAGACAGCAGGGAGUCUACAGUUGUGCACGACACCCUGCCUCCUGCCCUCCCCCACCAAGAGGCAGCCUCCGCCCUCGCCGCUGGAAGUGACGCCAUGCAAACAAGGUGUGGAGCCCAUGGAGGUGGACAGCAAGGCAAUGGUAGUCACGGCAGUGUCAGGGGACUCCGCCGGCGACCUCGAGAACAGUUCACACUACCGCAAUGACAACAAGAGACAGAGGAGCGUCAGCACGAGUGAGGUGACGGAGGAGCUAUUGUGGUCCACGCUGUCCAACCUGCUGCAGUGUUCUUGGCAGGGGGUGGACACCGGCUGCCCCGUCACUGUGCAGGUGACAUCCGGGGCCAGCCAGAAGGAGGUGAUGUCACAGGUGCUGGUGGAGGUGGUGGAGCGCCUCUGUGCGGGGGAGCUGCCACCCGGCCUUCUCGACGCCAGCAACAACCCACAGGACUCACCCGAACUCUCCUCCUCGCCAACGGGGAGCGGCAGCACAAUGGAUCUGACCAGCAUCACGCGGCCCAGCCAGGGACCCCACGCGGCCGCCCUCUCCUACACCAUCCAGACCUAUGCACGGGUCAAUGGCGAGGAGAAGACACACCCCAAGCGGAGUCAGUCGCCGGCCAUGAUGAGCAUGCUGAUGGACGUGCGGAGGCAGAGUAUAGCCCACACAAGCCUCCUACUCUCAGGCUGCCUGGGUGGUGAGCAGAAUCCUGAGGGCCAGAGUCUGCUUCUUCACCCGCUGCUCACUGAGUCUCUCCCGCGAGGCUUCCUGUGUGACCUCAUCAACCACACCUGCCAGACCCAGCACACAUUCAUCAAGGUGUUCGGGCCGCUGCUUCAGGGCAUGAGUGGGGCCAUGAGGAGCUGCAGCAUCACCUCCCGCACCUACAUGAGGGUCCUGGAGUCGCUGGACCUCCUCACAGAUAUCAAGGUGGCCGGCUCAUCCACACGCCCCAUCUGCAACCUCAUGGUGUCUAUGAACAACUGGUGCCCGCGCAGUGACUCCCUGACCAAAGGAAGGGAGAUCGUGCAGACAACCAUCCUUGGCCCUUUCCUGGCGUUGUCCCUGUUUGCCGAGGAUGACCCGAGGGUGGCCGAGCAGUUUGUGAGGAACCAGGGCAGUGGCCAGACCAUGCCAGCCGGCCUCCAGGACUUGGCCAGGGAGAUGGACCACAUGAGGACGACCAUCCUGCACAAGCUCUUCCACAGCAUGCUGGUCAACACAGGGUCACGCGAACCAGUGCUCAGCUUCCUCGGGCACAUGAUUCGCCUCAACCACCGCCGCGCACAGAUCCACGUGGAGGAGCAGCUCGUGGCCGGCGACGGGGCCAUGGUCAACCUCGUCUCCGUCCUGCAGCAGCUUUGCUUUAGGGUUAAGUUGGAGAAGGUGGACCCCUACUACAUGGUGCACCCUGACUCUCUAGUGGACGUGAGCAAGGACUCGCGGCUCUCCAUGACUCAGGACGAGGCAGACGCGUGGCUCAACAAGCUGCGUUCCGGCGAAGACUUCAAGUUCCAGGAGGUGAACUUCCACAGCCAAUGUUGGUUCUUGACACUCCACGCCCACCACCUCGGAGUUCUACCCGUCAUGCGCAAGUACACACGCCGCAUCAGGGCCAUCAGAGACCUGCAGAAGAUGGUUGAGGAGAUCGAGAGCACCGAGUCACAGUGGGGCAGCUUGUCGGUGGCCUCCAAGCAGCGGGAACUCCUGAAGAAGUGGAAGGCCCAGCUAAAGAAACUGAACAAGUCGAAAAUCUGCGCUGACGCCGGGCUUCUCGACGAACACCUCCUCGAGCGCUGCCUCCACUUCUACGCUGGUGUGGCUCAGGUCAUCCUCAGGGCUCUCACCGGCGGUCGCUCAUCCUCAUCUGCAUCCGCAAACUCAUCCUCCAACCCCAACGGCACCUCCGACCCGCCCCCAGUGCCUGUCCCGGUCCCUACCCCCCUCUCGGACACUGCCUCCCUGCUUCCCCUGCCCCCGACCCUGCCUGAGCUGUUCUCUGCACUGCCGGAGUGGUACCUCGAUGACCUGGCCGAGUUCCUCCUGUUUGUGUUGCAGUACAUUCCCAAGGUGCCCAUCAAGCACCUGGACGACCCCAUCAUCACCAUGGCCAUCGUCCUCCUGUGCUCCCCGUCACUCAUCAAGAACCCUUACCUUACUGCCAAGCUGGUGGAGAUGCUGUUCAUGCUGACGCCGUCCGUACAGCAGCACGUGGACACCCUGCACCAGCGCAUCCUCCACCACCCCCUCGCUGCACACCUCCCCGUCGCCCUCAUGAAGUUCUACACCAUGGUGGAGUCGACAGGCACGAGCAGCGAGUUCUAUGAUAAGUUCACCAUCCGCUACCACAUCAGCGUCAUCUUCAAGAGCCUAUGGGAAGACCGGCGGCACAGGCAGGCACUCAUCCAGGAAUCCAACUCAGGGAAGGAGUUUGUCAAGUUUGUGAACCUGCUGAUGAAUGACACAACCUUCCUGCUUGAUGAAUCUCUAGACGCCCUCAAGCGCAUCCACGAGGUGCAGGAGGAGAUGGAGACCGGCACGUGGGCGCAGCAGAGCCGGGAGCAGCAGCAGAGUAGACAGCGACUCCUGGCCACCGACGAGAGGCAGUGCAGAUCCUACCUGACGCUGGCCCGGGAGACGGUGGACAUGAUGCACUACCUCACCAAGGAGGUGCCGGACCCCUUCCUGCGGCCGGAGCUGUGUGACCGCCUGGCUGCCAUGCUCAACUUCAACCUGGCGCAGCUGUGUGGCCAGAAGUGCGGUAACCUCAAGGUGCGCCAGGCCGACAAGUACGGCUGGGAGCCCCGCAAGCUUCUGGAGCAGCUGGUGGACAUCUACCUCCACCUCGACUCCCCCAAGUUUUACCAGGCCAUCGCAAAUGACGAGCGAUCCUUCAAGAGGGAGUUGUUCGAGACGGCCGCGUCCAAGCUGGAGCGCGCCGUGAUCAAGUGUUCCUCGGAGGUGGAGACUUUCCGCAACAUUGGGCAGAAGGCGUACGGCGUGCUGCAGACCAACAUGAUGAAGGACAAGGACUACAGCGACGCCCCCGACCACUUCAUGGACCCACUGAUGCAGACCCUGAUGGAGGACCCGGUGGAGCUGCCGUCCGGGAUGGUGAUUGACAGACCAACCAUCGUGCGCCACCUCCUCAACGACCCCACUGACCCCUUCACCCGCCAGCCGCUAUCUGAGGAACAACUGCUUCCAGCCGAAGCCCUCAAGAAGGAGAUCAACGACUGGAUUGCCGCCAAGAACAGUUCCCGGAGCGCGUCGUGAGGGCAGGACGAGGGGGGCUGGCCUGGGCGGAGGGGCGGCGGGGGGGGCGGCCAGUCCAGGUGACCCCCGACCUGCCUAGUGUGUGACCUUGACCUUGGGGAGACUACUACAAUAACAACAACAACAACAACCAAGAAAGCAAGCAACUGACCCGCCGAUUGUGUCUGUGUUCUCUCUCUGCGACACGUUGCGAUCGUGUUCUUUUCUUUCUCUCUGUCUCGGCUUCGUCUGUUCUGGUUCAUCUGGUUUUCUGGAAGUGGUGAGAGAGAGAGAGAGAGAGAGAGAGAGAGAGAGAGAGAGAGAGAGAGAGAGAGAGAGAGAGAGAGAGUGAGAGAUUAUGGGUCUUUGCAAGGGUCUGUACUGCUGCUGCCAUCCGUGACUGUUUCUGUGUGUGUGUGUGUGUGUGUGUGUGUGUGUGAAAAAUAAUGAGCAGUUUACUGAGAGUUGGCAGACAUGAACUUGAAAAUACAUAAAAAAGAAAAAGAAAGUAAAGAGAGUAGUAAUGACAGAGAGCGACAUGAUAGUAAUUUGCGAGAGAGAAAUUAAUGGCAAAAGAAUAAAUUUAAAAAGUACAGACAGAUAAAGUAAUAAAGAAAUAAAGUUAUAAUAGUACAUACAAUAGUGUGUGUGUGUGUGUGUAUGAGAGAGAAAGAGAAAAGGGGAAACAGAGAGAGAGAGAGAGAGAGAGAGAGAGAGAGAGAGAGAGAGAGAGAGAGAGAGAGAGAGAGACCAUAUGUCCGUGUUAUGUAGAAAAGUAGUCGAGGAAGCAGAAUGUCAUGUUAGUCAGUCAAUCACGAGACACCAAUCAGUCAGCCAGCCAGCCAGCCAGCCAGUCAGUCAGUCAGUCAGUGGAGAGUUCGGGUAGCUAGCCAACCAAACACCAUUACUGUUUUUAUUAUUAUUAUCAUUAUUAUUAUUUUUUGAGUGGGGGUAACAGCUCUCUUGUACAUGAUCUGAUGGUGCUUGAUCUGUUACUAGACUUGCAUUUAGGUGUCACUGCAUGGCGAGGGAGCAAAGGAAUAGCAGCCAACUUCACAGUCCGACACGGUGGCUUUGUAAUCGCCCAAACCGACCAUUCAAUUCUCUAUACUUUAUAAUUCUUAGGUUUCCGAUACAACUCAGUGGCUUCAUAAUCGCCUGAACCAAGCUAUUCAAUCUUCUAUACUUCAUAAUUUUUAGGUUUUCGAUACAACACUGGCCUCGCAAUCACCCGAACCAAGCUAUUCAAUCUUCUAUACUUCAUAAUUUUUAGGUUUUCGAUACAACACUGUGGCUUUUAAUCGCCUGAACCAAGCUAUUCAAUCUUCUAUACUUCAUAAUUUUUAGGUUUUCGAUACAACUCAGUGGCUUUUAAUCGCCCGAACCAAGCUAUUCAAUCUUCUAUACUUCAUAAUUUUUAGGUUUUCAAUACAACACAGUGGCUUUUAAUCGCCUGAACCAAGCUAUUCAAUCUUCUGUACUUCAUAAUUCUUAGGUUUUUGAUACAACUCAGUGGCUUCAUAAUCGCCUGAACCAAGCUAUUCAAUCUUCUGUACUUCAUAAUUCUUAGGUUUUCGAUACAACACUGGCCUCGUAAUCGCCUGAACCAAGCUAUUCAAUCCUCUAUACUUCAUAAUUCUUAGGUUUUCGAUGCAACACUGGCCUCGUAAUCACCUGAACCAAGCAAUUCAAUCCUCUAUACUUCAUAAUUCUUAGGUUUCCAAUACAACACUGGCUUUUAAUCACCUGAGCCAAGCUAUUCAAUCUUCUACACUCCAUAUUGAUUGUUAGAUUUUCAGCCAGAUACAUUCACAAAAUAUUUCCCGUGUAGUUCCCUCAAAUUUCUUAACUUAAACAUGAACACAAACACACAUGAACACUACACAAGGAAUUUUCAGCCUUGGGUAUUGGUUUGGAGGCUUAUGAACCCAUCUUGGUGAACUGUGAAAGUGGCCGUAGGUGAGUGUGGGCAUGUAUGUGUUUGUGGGUGUUUUUGGCAGGCAUAUGCAGAGGCAGCAAUGAGGUACAAACACACAUGAAGUAGAUGAAAGCAAUAAGAACAAACGGGAUGCUCGGAUGGAUAUAAAUGUGUUGUUUUCUACUAUUGGAUGGACGUUGAAGCGACUGUUGAUGGUUAUUGAAGGGGAAAAAGGUAUCGAAAACAGAAGGCAAGAGAGGAAUAAGAAAGUAUGGGAUGCUUAGACAGAUAUAUACGUGUUUUUGUCCUCUAAUGGAUGGAUAUUGAAGCCACUGUUGAUGGUUAUUAGGGGAGAAAAUGUAUAGAAAAUAGAUGACAAAAGAAAGCAAUAAGAACUAAUGAGAUGCUCCUACAGAUAGUACAUGUUUUAUUCUAAUUGAUGUUGAAGCCACUCUUGAAAGUUACUGAAGGGGAAGAAAUGUAUAGAAAAAAGAAGGCGAAAAUAGAGGAAUAAGACCUAAUGGGAUGCUCCUACAGAUACAUGUUUUAUUCUAAUGGAUGUUGAAGCCACUCUUGAAAGUUACUGAAGGGGGAAGAAAUGUAUAGAAAAUAGAAGGCAAAAAUAGAGGAAUAAGACCUAAUGGGAAGCUCCUACAGAUACAUGUUUUAUUCUAAUGGCUGUUGAAACCACUCUUGAAAGUUACUGAAGGGGAAGAAAUGUAUAGAAAAAAGAAGGCAAAAAUAGAGGAAUAAGACCUAAUGGGAAGCUCCUAUAGAUACAUGUUUUAUUCUAAUGGAUGUUGAAGCCACUCUUGAAAGUUACUGAAGGGGAAGAAAUGUAUAAACAAUAAGAUGAUGAAUAGCUUUAAGAAAAUGUUGGCUGCCCCUUUAUCUUAUUUCAAUGUGUUUAGCUACUGUAAAGUGAUAUAGAGGAAAGAAUAAUAAGGGAAAUAAUAGAUAGCUGAAAUGGCAUGUCCCUAUUUUUAUUCUAUGUAAAUUCGAAACCAUUGAUAAGGUUUUAGAAGGAGGAAUAACAAAGAAACUGAUGGACAAAUGAUGGUUCUUAAAAAAUGAUAGAGGUCCCUUAUUUUAUUCUAUGUAAAGUUGAGGCCACUGAUAGAUAUUUUAUGAUCAAGAAAUGCCAGGAAAAUGAAUGAAAGAUAUGACAGACUAUGAAAAGAAGGGCUGCUCAUAGAUCUUGGUUGUUGAGGCCAUUGACAGUGUUAUAUAGUUAAGAGUAUAAGGAAAAUGAAAGACACAUGAGGUGACUGAUAGAUAUUAUAAGCUCAAGAAAUCCCAGGAAAAUGAAUGAAAGAUAUGGUCGACUAUGAAGAGAAGGGCUGCUCAUAUUUCUUGGUUGUUGAGGAUGCUGACAAUGUUAUAUAUUGAAGGAAAGACAGGAUAAUGUGAAGAAUAUAAGGAAAACAAGACACAUGAGGUGACUGAUAGAUAUUAUAAGAUAAAGAAAUGCCAGGAAAAUGAAUGAACAAUAUGAUAGACUAUGAAGAGAAGGGCUGCUCUUAUUUCUUGGUUGUUGAGGAUACUGACAGUGUUAUAUAGUGAAGGAAAGAAAGGAUAAUGUGUAAAGAGUAUAAGGAAACUGAAAGACACAUGAGAGGAAUAAGGAAAGAAGGAAAGGCAGAUAAAGAGACUCAGAAAAGAAGACCUACUCAUCUUGUCUAUUCUUGAGGCCGCUGAAAAUUGUUAUUGUGAAAGAUAGAAGAGAUAACAUAAAGAAUAAAAGGGAACUGAAAGAUAUGUGCAAUAAGAAAAGAAUGGCUGCUCAUAUUGUGUUCAUUAAGGCCACUGAGAAUUGUUAUAGCAUAGUGGAGGAUAGAAAAGAUAACCUAAAUAGAAAGGAAAAGAAUACAGAUGAAAGGAAGGGGUGCUAUUUUUUUUCUGUUAACUUCACUGAUGAUCGUUAUAUACUGAAGGACAGAGGGGAUAAGACAACAGAAGAGAAAGAGAGCAAUAACUUGAAGGUGGAGUGUUCCCAUGUACGGGUUUUAGGGACGACAAAAGUUAGGAAAAAAAUAUAGAAAGAGAAAUAAAAAGGAGUGGAGUCUUGUCAUUUAUUAAGAGUUGUAAAUCAAACAAGAGCAAGACGUUGAGAUGUAAGAAUUCUGAUCAGACGAGAAGAGCCAGUUAGGAAAAAUAAGAUAGAAAGAUAGAGAUAAUAGGAGUGAAGUUUUGUUGUUUAUAUAAGUGUUGUAAACCGAACAAAAGCAAGACGUACUAAUUCUGAUCAGCCAAGAAAGAGAUGCAGCUGCUCCUUGUUGUUGUGCUUCUGUGUAGAUAACUGGGAAGUGUUUUGGGGGGUAUAAAUAGUGAUGGGCUGCUACCACUGUUUAUUGAUGUGGACAUGUAAUUUUGAUGAGAGAAGGGACUUAGUUAAUUCAUAUUGUGUUUUUGUAUUGAUAAGUGAGAAAUGUUUUGGGGGUAUAAAUAGGUCUGAGUCUCUACCUCUGUUUAUUGAUAUAGAACUCAUUGUGACAAAUAGUUGGAGGCAUAUCAUCAGCUGUCUAAUCUCAUGGGAAAAUCUGCCUGAUGAUCCCAUUGUGAAGUGUCUCUGUGGAUAGGAAAUUGUGGUUUAGAGGAGGCACACUUUGUCGACAUGGAAGCCAAUGUGACAAGUAGUUGGAGGCAUAUCAUGAACUGUCUAACCUUAUGGGAAACUCGGACUCUGAACAGUAGUGAUGAUAUUGAACCCAGCGUGAAGUGUGUCUGUGGAUAGGAAAUUCUGGUUUAGAGGAAGCUUGUAAAUGGUCAAUAUAGAACCACUCAGCUAGCCCAUGACUCAGCCAGGGAAGGUUAGAGGUGACGAAUGAGAAAUGUCUUUGGGGUUAUAAAUACUGAUGGGAAAUUCUGGUUUAGAGGAGGCAAGGCACAGUGUGUAUUGCUGGAAAUGGUCAAUGUAGGGUCACUCAGCCAGCCAGCCAGACCUUGAUAAAGCCACGGAAGGUUAUCGGUGACAUAUGAUAAGUGUCUUUGGGGUUAUAAAUACUGAUAGGAAAUUCUGGUUUAGAGGUAGCAAGGCACAGAGUGUAUCGCUGGAAAUGGACAAUGAAGAAGCACUCAGCCAGCCAGCCAGCCCUUGAUUCAGCCAAGGAAGAUGAGAAAUGUCUUUGGGGUAUAAAUACUGACAGGAAAUUCUGGUGUAUAGGAGGCAAGGCACAGAAUGUAUCGCUGUAAAUGGUCAGCAUAGGAUCACAGCCAGCCAGCCAGCCCUUGAUUCACCCAGGGAAGCUUAAAGAUGCAGAGCUAACCGGUAAUCACAAAGACUUGACUGAGGAAUGUCUUUGGGGUAUAAAUAGGUAUGGGCUGCUACCACUGUUUAACGAUGUAGAACCCAUUACGAACAGAAGAGGCUGACCGGCGAAUCUUAGCACACACAGACAGAGAGAUGUUAACAAAUAAACAAAGAAGUGUAAACAAACCAUACUGUCCACUGUGACGGUAAUUUAUAUAGCAUUAAGGCGUUUUUAUUUUAUUUUUUAUUUUUUGGAUAAUAUUAUACAUAUGUACGUAUUUCCGUUUCUCCCUUUUUUUCCGGCUGACGGUUUUUUACUCUUAUUAUUAUUAUUGUUCCUUUUGUUCACUGUCGUCGUUGUUUGACAGACAGACAGACAGACAGACAGACAGACAGACAAGGAUGUUACGAGUCCUUAGAACGCCCACCACACAAGUCUUCAUGUUUUUCCGUUGCCGUUACCGCGCGCGUGUGUGUGUGUGUGUGUGUGUGUGUGUGUGUGUGUGUGUGUGUUGCAGGGGAUCAGGGUAUUUGAGGGGAAAGGUUUAGGGAGUGAGAGGGAGAGUAUGUGUGUGAUCUGACCUGCUCUUUUGACUUACCCUGACCUACCUUGACCCUGACCUACUGUACAGGCCAGCCAGAGUGUAGGUCAGGGAGUUGGUCAGUCAGUCAGUCAUCCAGAUAUGUGUAGAGUGAGAUGACUGUUAUAGAGAGAGAGAGAGAGUUGUUAGGUACAGUACAGAUAAAGUCCUUCAAUUCUGGUUUGUGAGAAAGAUAUUAAAAGCGAAAAAGGUUGAAAGAAAGUGAGCAAGAAAGAAAGGGUUUUUACGGGCACGCUAGACCUAUACUUAAGAAAGAUUGUGUACAUAGGAAGAAUUCUACGUAUCCUACAGUCAUAUACUAAUACUCUUUGGCAUCUAAGAGUGUUUUUUUUUUCUUUUAAGUUGCAGACAUGCAUAAAAAAAUUAGAAUGAACUUUGUAAGCUAUCA